AGGAAACUUGGGGGAACUUUUCUUUUUAAUAAUGAUUAUUGCUUCAAUAUUGAGGGUGGGCGACAACAAAAGAAAAGUUUUAAGUUAGCAAGGGAACGCUUUCCACUUUCUCUUCUUCAUCUCCAGAGGCCUCCAUCUCUCUCUCUCUCUCUCUCUUUUAAAAAAAAAAAACGUUUUAAAAGAAUUUUUUUUCCCUUAACCAUAUUAGGCACCAGUCUAUCCAUUCACUCCACUACUUUCUCUCUGUGUUUCUCUUUCUCUCUCUCUCUCUGUCUCUCUCUCUCUUAAAAAUGGGUGCUGCAAACUGCGAAGACGAAGACUUAGAAUUCAAGCUGAUUUUUGGAGAGGAGGAAAAAGACCCUCCAACAAUGGGGGUCCCCUUGGAAGACUUGGAAGCAGACAAUCUCCCUGGCUAUUGUUCACUUACCCUUGGAGACCCUCCACCUUAUGCCUCUCCUCUGGGCAUCCCAUGUCCUCUUCACCUUGGAGGGGGCCGUGCUGGCAUGCACUCUCCUCCACCCCGUCCUGCCAACUUAGAUGGUGACACCUUCGAGAGCCAGCCAGCCCGGCAGGUGCGGCUGGGAGGUUCCCGGGUGCUUGAAUGCCCCAGCAUCCAAAUCACCACCAUCUCGCCGAGCCAACGGACCGAUGAAGACGAGUGGGACUCUUCUCCUCGGGACUAUCUCUUGCUGGAGGCUUUUGGGGGUUACCGGGAAGCGACUCCUUCUUCUGGAUUCUUCACCCCAAGUCCUGCUAGCAGUGGAAGUGUCUCCCCGUGGAGCUUCUUUUCGGAUGACGAGGCCCCUGCUGGAGAUGACGUGGAACAUGAGCUAAAUGAGGCUGCAGCUCGUUUUGCCCUUAGUUCACCCUUGGGCUCACCCCGAGCAUCUCCCAAGCCAUGGUCAUCCCCUGAAGAAUCCUGGCCAACUUAUAGUACCAGCUACUCCCCAAGUCGGGGAACAUCGGAGGAUACCUGGCUGCUUCUUGGACCUCGACCAUCGUCCCCCUGCGGCAAAAGACGCUACUCCAGCUCGGAGACACAUUCUUCUAUAUCUCCGUGCCUCUCCCGGAGGGGUAGUCUUGGUGAGGAGGCUCCGGGGGAUGCCUUGGAAUCGAGCAACGAUGUGGUCCCGUUUAAUUGCCCCGCUGCACGGCUGGCGGAAAGCAUCCCUCAAAAAGCUCGCAAGACCUCAACCGAGCAGACGGUGGCCCGGAAGGAGGAAGGGAGCUGCAAUGGAGAAGAUGUACCCCUGGGUAGCGGGGGACUUGGGAUUGCCCGCAAAGAAGGGAUGGAUUACCUGGCUGUCCCAUCCCCCUUGUCCUGGUCCAAAGCUCGUCUUGGAGGCCACAGUCCUCUCUUCAGAUCUUCUGCUCUUCCACCUCUGGACUGGCCGCUCCCCAGUCAGUACGAGCAGUAUGAACUGAAGAUCGAAGUGCAGCCUCGAACCCAUCACCGGGCCCACUAUGAGACGGAGGGCAGCAGGGGUGCCGUGAAAGCCACUCCAGGAGGACAUCCUGUAGUGAAGCUUUUAGGUUACGAUGAAAAACCCCUGACAUUACAAAUGUUCAUUGGAACAGCUGAUGAGCGGAACCUACGUCCUCACGCUUUCUACCAGGUGCAUCGCAUCACUGGGAAAAUGGUGGCCACCACGAGUUACGAAUCUAUCAUCAGCGGAACAAAAGUUCUUGAGAUGUCUCUGCUGCCCGAAAACAACAUGGCAGCCAACAUCGACUGUGCCGGAAUCCUUAAACUGCGUAAUUCAGACAUUGAGCUGCGCAAAGGCGAGACGGACAUUGGGCGCAAAAACACACGGGUACGGCUGGUAUUUAGGGUCCAUGUCCCACAAGGAAAUGGCAAAGUGGUUUCCAUCCAGACGGCUUCUGUGCCCAUUGAAUGUUCCCAGCGCUCAGCUCAAGAACUCCCACAAGUAGAGCAUUACAGUCUUAGCGCCUGUUCGGUACAUGGUGGCGAAGAGAUGGUCAUUAGUGGAGCCAACUUUCUGCCAGAAUCAAAAGUUGUUUUCAUCGAACGAGGGCCUGAUGGAAAACUCCAGUGGGAAGAGGAAGCAAACGUUAAUCGCUUGAAAAGCACAGAGGCUUUGCUGACCCUCACCGUUCCUGAAUACAACAACAAGAGAGUUUCCCGGCCCAUUCAGACAUACUUCUAUAUUUCCAAUGGGCGCCGGAAAAGAAGUCCAGCUCAAGGUUUCAAAUAUUUGCCUGUGAUCUUCAAAGAAGAACCACAUCUGGAUUCCUCACCCCAUACAUUCCCACGCAUCAUCCCAAGUGUUCCCUUUUCACUACCGCUAGCACAAGGGGCCAUGGAUUUCUCCCCUUCCAGACCUCCCUUCUCUUACAGUCCUGAGCGCUCCCCACCUUGUUCCCCUUAUGGCUCCAACUGGAGUCCUUGCUCUUUCUCAACCCCUCCCCAUUACAGCCCGGCCUUUCGGUUCCCUCCCAGCGAGACCUACGGGGGCGUUAAUCUCUCUGUACCCCACCUUGCUCUCCCAAACCUGCCCCACCUUCAUGCUUUAGAUUGCCACCCUCCACACUUCCAGCCCGCUAGUCCACAACGCAGUCCUCACACACCAGGACAGAGAGAAACCCACAGCGGGGAGAGGUCACCGGAAUGGACAGAUCCAGACCUUGGAUCCCAAGAGUUUAACCCCAAGGAACUGGAGAAAUCGGGGUUUAGCAGUGGCUUCCGGGAAAACUUGCCUAUCCAUGGGAUCACACUGGAAGAAGGUAAAGUUACUGAGAUCAUUGGCAGGGACUUAAGUGACUUUCCGGAGCUAUCCUGCAAAGGAGGACAGAGCUGAGAAGCCGAAAAGAAUCCCGGAGUUCAUAAAGCUUCAAGAAGACUGGAAGUCAACCCAGAGAAAGAUGUCCAGGAUCAUGCAAACAAUCUGACAUUGAUGAAUUUGAAUCUGAGUUUCCUUUUUUUUUUUUUUUUUAACCUUCUGUCUGUGUUUUCUUUUGGUCUCUAGAUUAGGAGCUUCCUAUAAUUCAAGGCAGAGUCUUCAUUAAAUCUUCUGUCCUCUUGCUAUGUGCAGUCAAGAGGCUUCAAGGAAGUCACACCAUCAUCACUCCAAGACUCGAGCACCUGUGAUCCUGAAGAAGUUGCUAAAUGACCGUUCCCAAGUUCUAACAUUUACUGUGUUGGGGGGCCUGGAUAUCAGUUGCUUCACCAUCUUUCUUCUACUUAGUGACUGUCCUCUAUCGGGCCAUUUAUUUAUCCGGUACACCAAGAUAAAGAGUUUGGGCAAAAAAGUGAGACUACCUAUUGAGUUACCAUCCUCUCUGUAAUGCUUAUUCCUUUUAUUUAUCUGCUCCACAUUUACUUUUGGAGAGCUGUAUGUCUUAUGAUAAUUAAUUCCAUGGACGAAUCUAUUUUGCAAUAGUGGCCAAAAUUGUGGAAACCUUUUGGGAAAAGUGUAUUUUUGAGGUUUGAUGGCUAAUAACACCACUUUUUCUUUCUUUUUUUUUUGAGUUUCAAGAUAAUCAUAUUCCACUGCUAGAAUGGCCUGGGAACAGCCCAUACCUUAACCUAAUUGAAAAUCUAUGGAGCUGACUAAAGAAACUUGCUAAUAAGAAGCAACCCGGCAAUAAAACCCAGUUAAUAGAAGCAAUCAUUCAAUCUUGGUUUCACAUUAUAACAGCUGCAGAACUAAAAGACUUGGUUCACUUCAUGGGAAGAUGUUGUAAGGCCGUAAUUCAUGCUAAAGGUUACCUGACUAAGUAUUAACUGACAUGGUGAUAAUUUUUUUAUAUCCAUUUUUUCUAUGGUGAUAAUUUUUGUCUAUCUCAUUUUUUAUGUUUCACUUUUCUUUUUUUAUACUGUAACUGCUAUUCUAAUAGCAAAUCCUUCAUAAAAGUUAUUGCAUUACAUUCUUGAUUAAAUUAUCUUUCCAUUGAUAUAUAAUUUUAUGGUACUAAUUUUAUGGCAGUAAUAGAGGUGGAUCUGAGCUAUAAAAUGACAAAGAUAAACCAGAAACCCAGAAAAACUCUUCCAAAAUCUUUCUUCACAAUGAUAGAAGAACUAAGCAUACAAGAUGUAUGGAGAAAAAGACAUUUGAAGGAAAAACAACAUACUUUUUAUUCAAAUAGACACAUGUCAUGGUCUAGGAUUGAUAUGAUAUAGAUGUCAACAGAUUUAAUAGAUCAUAUACAAGAAAUAAAUGUUGAAACAAAUAUUUGGAUGGACCAUAACUCAAUUACAAUAACAUGGAAAGGACUGUAACUGCUUUUCUAAUAGCAAAUCCUUCAUAAAAGUUGUUACAUUCUUGAUUAAAUGAUCUUUCCAUUGAUAUAUAAUUUUAUGGUACUACUUCCCCAAAAAGUGGUGUUAUUAGCAGGAGUGAAAUGCUCCCAGAUCGGACGGGAUUGCACGAUCCGGUAGCGAUGGUGGCUGCUGGUUUGGAGGACCAGUAGAAAAAAUCCCUGGCCCCGCCCCCCCUGCCUCUGCUGAGCUGCACCAUCAGCAGAGAUAUUUUUUUUUUACUUUUAAAAGCCGGUUUUGCUUCAGCCGAAACAGGCCUUUAAAAGUAAAAAAAAAGCCUUUGAGGAUCCUGCCCCUCAGCUGAGAUCUGGCAAAGACUUUAAAAAAAAACUUAAAGUCUCCUCUGCUGAUCUCACCUGAGUUCCUCAUAAGCAGAACCUUACUUGUACUCUUACUUGUAGAAAACAUGUUUUCUAUAAGUAAGAGUAGAGAUUCUAAGGCACUUACCUGAUUACUGAUGAAUGCAUGGCUCGCUUUCGGGCUGGAAAGAGAGCCAUGCGUUCAUCAGUAAUCAGGUAAGUGCCUUAGAAUCUCUACUCAGCCAGACAGAAUCAAUCGCUCAGCUAAUCUAUUUCCUCGGUGAUCAACUGGCUGGCUUUGCUGGCUGAGGAACUCUGGGAUUUGAAGUCCACAAUAAAAUAAAAUAAAAUAAUAAAAUAAAAUAUUUGUGCAGCUUUCUCAGAUUUGGUGUGUUUCUGUAGUGUUUCACUCUAACUACACAAACACACCAAAUCUCAAAAAGCUGUAUGUGGCAUAUUGUGUGUGUGUGUGUGUGUGUGUGUGUGUGUGUGUGUUAGUUGUGUGUGUAAAGUGUGAAAGUUGGUUUUUGAGCUUUUUGUGGCUGUGUGAAGUGUGAAGUGCAGCUGCUUUUACAUUGUGUGUGAGUCAGUUGUGUUGUGUUGUGUGUGUGUAAAGUGUGAAAGUUGGUUUUUGGUACCUCUUAUUGUUUUUUUAUACUUUGUUUAUUAUUAUCUCAGCGGCGUUCGAUACCAUCGAUCAUGGUAUCCUGCUGCGCCGGUUGGGGGGAUUGGGAGUGGGAGGCACCGUAUAUCGGUGGUUCUCCUCCUAUCUCUCUGACCGGUCGCAGACGGUGUUGACAGGGGGGCAGAGGUCGACCGCGAGGGGCCUCACUUGUGGGGUCCCACAGGGGUCGAUUCUCUCGCCCCUGCUGUUCAACAUCUACAUGAAGCCGUUGGGUGAGAUCAUCAGUGGUUUUGGGGUGAGAUACCAGCAGUACGCUGACGACACUCAGCUGUACUUUUCCACCCCAGACCACCCCAAUGAA